UUUAAGAAACAGCUGCACGUAACAGCUGUCUAGGCGGCAAAAGUUUCAUGUCUGCCCGUAAAGUUUAUGUGGGAUAUUAAUCAAUUAAAAUAAUGCAAUAUAGUUUAUUAAGUGCUCAAUUAAGGUGCUCUAGGUUCUUAUUGCGACAGCAAGCACCUUUUAUCAACCGUUGCUACAGUGAUGAUAUCAGAAACAUUGGUAUUUUAGCACACAUUGACGCAGGCAAAACCACAACAACGGAACGCAUGCUUUAUUAUGCAGGCAAGACUCGAUCUUUGGGCGAGGUACAUCGCGGCAAUACGGUUACGGAUUACCUUACACAAGAGCGCGAGCGUGGCAUCACUAUUUGCAGCUCAGCCGUUACAUUUGCCUGGAAUGGUAAGCGUAUUAAUCUGCUAGACACGCCCGGACAUAUUGAUUUCACGAUGGAGGUGGAGCAGUCUCUAUAUGCUGUGGACGGCGUCAUUGUUGUUUUGGACGGCACGGCUGGCGUGGAAGCGCAAACAGUUACCGUGUGGACACAGGCAGACAAUCACAGGCUGCCGCGGCUUGUUUUCGUUAAUAAAAUGGACCGGUCAGAUGCUAUUUUUGACAAAUGUAUUGACGACUUAAAGGCAAAGCUAGAUGCUAAACCUAUUUGCACGCAACUCCCGGCGAAAAACGUUGACGGACAGUUAGGCAUAUAUGAUGUAAUUACAUUGGAGCAGUUGACUUGGCAACAGAACGAUUUUGGAAGAACUUAUAGUAUUAAUAAACUAGAAUCUUCUUCUGAAAUUCGCGAAUUGCGUGAAAAACGCAAUGAACUAAUAGAUCAGUUAUCCGGAGUUGACGACGAGUUAGCUGAGGUUGUCAUUAGCACUGAGAGUUUUGACAAAGUCAGUAAUGAGUUAAUUGUUCAAGCCCUGCGGCGCGCCACAUGCCAGCAGAAGGUUGUGCCCGUGCUGCUGGGCUCUGCUUAUAAAAAUAUAGGCAUACAACGUGUAAUGGAUGCCGUAAAUGCUUAUUUGCCAACACCAAACGAACGCAAUCAGAUAUAUAACUGUUUUGGAAAUGAUCUUGCGGGUAAGGUUUUUAAAAUUGUGCACGACAAGCAGCGUGGGCCUCUUACUCUGGUGCGCAUGCUGCGCGGCGAGUUGAAGCGUGGAAUGCGUGUGCUCUCUUCUCGUGGACAAGCGGAGGUUAUAUCGAAAAUAUAUGAGCCACUGGCUGACGAAUACCGAGAGGUGAGCUCCGUGCGAGCAGGUGAUGUGGCCAUAUGUGCGGGCCUUAAGUCAACAGUUACUGGCGAUCUGCUUACAACCAGUCAUACAUCCCUGAAGAAUGCGCAGAAACGUUUGAUUCAGAGUCUUGACGCAACAUCUCCACAGUAUGAUGAGGACGAGGUGGAUGUUAACCAAGAGCUGUUUUCAAUUGAGCCUAAAAUUCCUGAUGCUGUCUACUUUUGCUCCAUCGAGCCGCCCAGCCUAUCAACGCAAACAGCCAUGGAACAAGCGCUCAAACAACUACAGCGUGAAGAUCCCAGUUUGCGGGUAAACUACGAUACUGUCACUGGGCAGACUGUACUUGGCGGCAUGGGUGAAUUACACAUGGAAAUCAUAAAGUCGCGUCUGCUAAGUGAGUACAAAAUUGAUGUUGAUCUGGGUCCGCUACAAAUUGCCUACAAGGAGGCUAUCGAAACGCCGGCCAUAACAACCUUAAGUGUGGAAAAAGAUAUUGCGGGCAGUAAGCAAAAUGUGAAUAUAACCCUACAACUGACCAAUAAUCAGACCGAGCUCUUCAGCUUAGAUAAAUCGCCAGAGAACGUUCAAAAUCUCAAUGCACUGCGUCCUCGGGUCCUUCAAGUGCUGCGCAAAGGAGCAAUCGGUGCUUUGGAGCGUGGACCACGUGUUGGCGGUCAAGUUGUAGAUACUCAAAUACGUCUGCACAAUGUCACUGUGGGACGGGGCACUGCCGAUUCAUUUGUCAUGGCAGCGGCGGCACAGUGCGUGCAAAAGCUGCUGAGUAAAAGCGGCACACGGCUUCUGGAGCCCAUCAUGGCCAUGCAAAUUGUGGCGCCCAAUGAACGUGUAUCUGGGAUUAUAGCGGAUCUCUCUAGGCGUCGGGCGCUUAUAAAAGACGUAAUGCCCAAGGGAGAUAGGAAUAAGCUCAUUUUGGUGAAUGCCCCCUUGGCGGAGCUCUCCGGAUAUUCCAGUGCGCUGCGAACCAUUAGCUCCGGCACGGCCAGCAUGACAAUGCAACCCUGUGGUUUUUCGGAAAUGAACGCCGCGGAUGAGACGUUAGCCGUACGCCGAGCUCAGGGAUUAGACUAACAUAGGCCUGCCUAAUUUAUUGUCUACUUUUAUUGAACGUAGAUCACAGUAAGCUGGGUUUGGAAGCUUACAAGUUCCUAGUACAUUACUAUAUAGUAUAGUACAAAGAAAAAUGUGAAAAUUAUCGCACGUUGAAAAUUAUAAAAUUUGGUGAUAAAAUUGAUGUCGUUCUUAUUUUCGGUGAAAUUCUAUAAACGGUCCAUACAUAGACAUAACGAAAUUAACUAAGGGUUUACUUCUAUUUAAGUUAAAAACUACCGGUGCAAACUGUUGGCCGCUGCGGCAUGGCAUACUCUACACAGAAAGUGUUCUUUCAUGUGCCGUUUAUGAACGAGACGCUUGAAUUUUAUUGCCAAGAUCCAUGCGUCAAGCUAAAAAGUUAUCCAUCUACAAUCGAUGAUCGCUCGUGGGCAGCCAGUGAUGAUAAAAAGUCACGUUUUGUAUCCGAUCUUGUAAGUUGCAAUACACCGUCUAUCCGCCGCAAGGAUGAAAGUGGCGAAAGUCAGAAGCCUGGUCCGGCAGCCCAAGACUAUCCACAGCAGCAGAACGGUUAUGGAGGCCCAGAACAGGGACAGAACCAGGGAGGUUAUGACGGCCAAGGACAGGACCAAGGAGGCUAUGACGGACAAGGACAGGACCAGGGCGGUUAUGAUCAAGGACAGGACCAGGGCGGCUAUGAUCAAGGACAGGACCAGGGCGGUUAUGGAGGUCAAGGACAGGAUCAGGGCGGCUAUGACGGUCCAGAGCAAGAUGGCCGGGGACAGGGCGGAUGGAGUGGUUGAGACAAGAGGCGACACCAAAAUUCUUAGGUUUACGGUGAUCAGGCCAUUCCAGGGUCUGAAAGGCCGUGACGGCUCAGGGUGGUAAUGGAGUUCCGAGUCAGGAGUGUCAAGACCCGCACGAUUUUUGAGGAGGACCAAGUAAUAGGUUAUGCGCCUCAGGAGGGCCACUAAGCUUAAGUGGUCCGCGGCAGGGUCGAAGCCCGGGACGACGAAGUUGAGAUGAAGUAGACUACUUAAAAAUCACACGAGGCAUAUAAAGCAUGUAUAUAGCAUCGCGAUUCGUCCAGAAAAAAGGAUCGUUAACUUUCCUUGGAGUUCGUAAUACUGCGUAAUCUUGAUGACUUUAUGGUAGCAGGAGGAACCACAAGAGGUGGUUAUGUUUUAAUAUUCCUACAGGUUAAGGUCCUGGAUGCUUUGGUGGUCCUGGUGAACAAGCGCCUGGAGCUUGUGGUGGUCCCGGCGGCUAAGCAUGUUGGCCAGGAAAGCCAGCAAGUAUUGGUACUUUCCGGAAGCUAACAUCAACUACUUUCAGUACCGCUGCAGCAAAAAUUGCUCACCCCAGCGGCACUGCAGUGCACAGACCUUAUGCAAAUGAAAAUUGAUGUUCUAUGCAACGAGUUGCGAAAAAGUCGACUUCCCUCCCAGUACUUGCAGCUAAUGACUUAAUUUUUAUGUGUCUAGCAUGCCAAAGCAUAAACCUGAGCGUUCUAAAAAUCUUAUAGUUGCAGUGAUAAUUGUUUCAAGGAGACUAACAUAGAGGAUGAUGAAGAUAUAACAUGUUAAUGCUGUGCAAAAAAUGAUUUUAUGUCCCGCCCGCAAGACACUGAAUGCUUUUAAAUCUCUAGUUGAAUAUAAAAAAAUGAUAA